UGUAUGUAAACAAGUUCACAUGAAAACUCUGACAGUACAUUCAUUAUUAGUUGAUGAGCAAUACCUGAUUCAGUCGCUGAAAGUUUCUGGAAACGUCAUCAUGGACGAGUCAGCAUUGGAGCGCUACUUCGACAAGUAUAUCGCAAACGAUAACUGGAGGACAGAGCAGGAGGAGGUCACAGAGGAGAAGCAGGAGGAGGUCACGGAGGAGAAGCAGGAGGAGGUCACGGAGGAGAAGCAGGAGGAACUCACUGAGGGGGAAGAGCUGUUUUUAAACUUACUGCCUGAUGAGCUUCUGAUGCUGUUCCCUUCGGACAACGCAGCUGAGAGCAGGACUGCUGAUAACUGGAGGACAGAGCAGGAGGAGGUCACGGAGGAGAAGCAGGAGGAGGUCACGGAGGAGAAGCAGGAGGAACUCACUGAGGAGGAGGAGCUGUUUUUAAAAUUACUGCCUGAUGAGCUUCUGAUGCUGUUCCCUUCGGACAACACAGCUGAGAGCAGGACUGCUGAUAACUGGAGGACAGAGCAGGAGGAGGUCACAGAGGAGAAGCAGGAGGAGGUCACGGAGGAGAAGCAGGAGGAACUCACUGAGGAGGAGAAGCAGGAGGAGGUCACGGAGGAGAAGCAGGAGCCUGAGAUCCUGAGAUUACCGAAACCCACCCCAGUAAUAUGUAAUGUCUUCUCGACAGUGAACCUGGGCUGCCGUUUGGAUCUGCACAGCAUUGCACGAAAUAUGUGGAAUGUGGAGUACAAUCCAAAGAGUUUCAAGGGGCUCAUUAUGAGGAACCGAGCUCCGAAAGCCACAGUGAUCAUGUUCGCUAGUGGGAAAAUGACCUGCUUUGUGAGGGAGAGCAUUAUGAUGGCCCGCCUGAUGGCCAGAAGGUUUGCCCGCAAACUACAGAAGUUUGGCUUCCCUGUCCGGUUCCUCAACUUCAAGAUCCAGAACCUGAUGGCUACUUACAAAGCCUUUCCUGUGGAUUUAAAGACACUGUGCGAGAUCUGCAAGUGGGAAUGCAGUUAUGAUCCACUGAAGUUUAGUGGCCUCUCCUGUAAGGUGAAUCCCAGGAUCAAAGUGACAGUCUUCAGCACUGGGCGCAUUAAUCUGACCGGAGCCAAAUCACCAAAUGAGUUGAAUGAAGCGCUUGAGGCCAUCCUUCCAUUCAUGAGACAGUGCAGGAAGCAGUAAAGACAGACAGGAGCACCUAUGAAGUCUCAAACUGUGCUUACUAAUAAGUGAUUUUAGAGUCAGAUAUCAAUAAACUGAUGAAUGAACAA